UCCCGUUCACUGCUCAGUGAUGGCUUGUGGAAUCAUGAUCCUCCUGUGCGCCUGGGUCCUGGCUUCCUGUGAUGGCUCCAGCCUGGAUGUGGAGAAGCCCAUCGUGUUCAGAGAGAAUGCAGCCAGCUUUGGGCAGACUGUGGUCCAGUUUGGUGGAUCUCGACUCGUGGUGGGAGCCCCCCUGGAGCUGGUGGCAGUCAACCAAACAGGACAACUGUAUGACUGUGUGCCUGCCACUGGCAUGUGCCGACCCAUCUCACUGCCCAUUCCCCUAGAGGUUGUGAACGUGUCCCUGGGCCUGUCCCUGGUGGCUGCCACCCAUCACUCCCAGUUGCUGGCCUGUGGUCCAACUGCGCAGAGAGCGUGUGCGAAGAACAUGUAUGCAAAAGGUUUCUGCCUCGUUCUAGGCUCCAGCUUGCAAUUCAUCCAAGCGGUCCCCGACACCCUGCCAGAGUGUCCAGCACAAGACAUGGACAUUGCUUUCCUGAUUGAUGGCUCUGGCAGCAUCGAUCAAAGUGAUUUUAGCCAGAUGAAGGCCUUUGUCAAAGCUCUGAUGGGCCAGUUCACGAGCACCAGCACCUCGUUCUCGCUGAUGCAGUACUCAAACAUCCUAAAGACCCAUUUUACCUUCACCAAAUUCUGGAGCACCCCUAACCCCCAGAGCCUGGUGGAUCCGAUCGUCCAGCUGCAGGGCCUGACGUACACAGCCACAGGCAUCCAGAAAGUGGUGAAAGAGCUAUUUCAUAGCAAGAAUGGGGCCCGCAAAAAUGCCAAGAAGAUCCUAAUUGUCAUCACUGAUGGGCAGAAAUACAGAGACCCUCUGGAGUACAGUGACGUCAUCCCCCUGGCAGAGAAAGCUAACAUCACUCGCUAUGCUAUUGGGGUGGGAGAUGCCUUCCAAGAACCCACUGCCCUGCAGGAGCUGAACACCAUUGGCUCAGCUCCCCCACAGGACCACGUUUUCAAGGUGGGCAACUUCAUAGCCCUGGGUAGCAUCCAGAAGCAGCUUCAGGAGAAAAUCUUUGCCAUUGAGGGAACUCAAUCAACGACAAGCAGCUCCUUUCAGCAUGAGAUGUCACAAGAAGGUUUCAGUUCGGCUCUCACGAUGGAUGGACCAGUUCUGGGAGCUGUGGGAAGCUUCAGCUGGUCUGGAGGUGCCUUCUUAUACCCCCCAAAUAUGAGGCCCACCUUCAUCAACAUGUCUCAGGAGAAUGUGGACAUGAGGGAUGCUUACCUAGGAUACUCCAGUGCACUGGCCUUUUGGAAGGGAGUCCACAGCCUGGUCCUGGGGGCCCCUCGCCACCAGCACACGGGGAAGGUUGUCAUCUUUACCCAGGAAUCUGGGCGAUGGAGGUCCAAGUCUGAAGUCAGUGGGACACAGAUCGGCUCUUACUUUGGGGCUUCCCUCUGCUCUGUGGACAUGGAUAGAGAUGGCAGCACUGACCUGGUCUUGAUCGGGGCCCCCCAUUACUAUGAGCAGACCCGAGGGGGGCAGGUAUCUGUGUGCCCAAUGCCCAGUGGGAGGAUCAGGUGGCAGUGUGAGGCCAGUCUCCAUGGGGAGCAGGGCCAUCCUUGGGGCCGCUUUGGGGCAGCCCUGACAGUGCUAGGGGACGUGAAUGGGGACAAUGUGACAGAUGUGGCUAUUGGUGCACCUGGAGAGGAAGAGAACAGGGGUGCUGUGUACAUAUUUCAUGGAGCCUCAAAACUGGACAUCAACCCCGCGUCCAGCCAGCGGGUCACUGGCUCCCAACUCUCCCUGAGGCUCAAAUAUUUUGGGCAGUCACUAAGUGGGGGUCAGGACCUUACCCAGGAUGGCCUGGUGGAUCUGGCUGUGGGAGCCCUGGGGCACGUGCUGCUGCUCAGGGGUCUGCCUUUGCUGAAAGUGGGGGUUGCCAUAAGAUUUGUCCCUGUGGAGGUGGCAAAAGCUGUGUACCAGUGCUGGAAAAGGAUUCCCACUGCCCUUGAAGCUGGGAAGGCCAUUGUCUGUCUCACUAUCCACAAAGCCUCACCUGACCAGUUAGGUGACGUCCAAAGCUCUGUCCGGUAUGAUUUGGCCUUGGACCCAGGCCGUCUGAUUUCACGUGCUGUUUUUGAUGAGACCAAGAACUGGACUUUGGCUCGAAGAAAGACUUUGGGGCUCGGCAUUCACUGUGAAACGAUAAAGCUGCUUUUGCCAGACUGUGUGGAGGACGUGGUGAGCCCUAUCAUCCUGCGCCUCAACUUUUCCCUGGUGGGAGGAGACUCUGCUUCAUCCGGGAAUCUUCGUCCUGUGUUGGCUGUGGGCUCACAAGACCACAUGACAGCUUCUCUCCCAUUUGAGAAGAACUGUAAGCAAGAACGCCUGUGUGAAGGGGACCUGGGCAUCAGCUUUAACUUCUCAGGCCUGCAGAUCUUGGUGGUGGGAAGCUCCCCGGAGCUCACCGUGACAGGAACUGUGUGGAAUGAGGGUGAAGACAGCUAUGGAACUUUAGUCAAGUUCUACUACCCAGAAGGGCUUUCCUAUCGACGGGUAAUGGAAAUACAGCAACCUCAUCAGCACCCACUCCGCUUGGCAUGUGAGGCUGAGCCCACUGACAAGGAGGGCCUGAGGAGCAGCGCCUGUAGCAUCAAUCACCCCAUUUUCCGAGAAGGCGGGAAGAGCACCUUCAUAAUCACAUUUGAUGUCUCCUACAAGGCCUUCCUGGGAGACAGGUUGCUUAUGAGGGCCAAUGCAAGCAGCGAGAAUAACAAGCGGGGAACCAACAGGACUGCCUUCCAGCUGGAGCUCCCGGUGAAGUACACUGUGUAUACAGUGAUCCGGAGGCAGGAAGAUUCCACGAAGCAUUUCAACUUUUCAUCUUUGGACGGGGACAGAGGGAGAAAGGCAGAACAUCGAUAUCGUGUGACUAACUUGAGUCAGCGGAAGCUGGCCAUCAGCGUUAACUUCCGGGUCCCUGUCCUACUGAACAGUGUGGCUGUGUGGGAUGUGGCUGUGAGGACCUCAGCACAGGGUGUCUCCUGUGCAUCGUCGCAGAGGGAACCUCCUCAGCAUUCUGAUUUUCUGACCCAGAUUCAAAGGCAUUCUGUGCUGGACUGCUCCAUUGCUGACUGCCUGCACUUCCGCUGUGACAUCCCCUCCUUGGGCAUCCAGGACGAGCUUGACUUCAUUCUGAAGGGCAACCUCAGCUUCGGCUGGGUCAGUCAGACAUUGCAGAAAAAGGUGGUGGUCAUGAGUGUGGCCGAGAUCACAUUCAACACAUCUGUGUAUUCCCAGCUGCCUGGACAGGAGGCAUUUCUGAGAGCCCAGGUAGAGACAAUGCUAGAAGAAUAUGAGGUCUACGAACCCAUCCCCCUCAUCGUGGGCAGCUCCAUGGGAGGUCUGCUGCUGCUGGCUCUCAUCACGGCCGCACUGUACAAGCUUGGCUUCUUCAAACGUCAGUACAAAGAAAUGCUGGAUGGCCAGCCUGCAGCUCCUACCACAGCCGGUGAGGCCGAUUGCAGCUAUGAGACUCCACAUCUGCUUCAGUCCUAGGAAUCCACUUUCCCAUGUAUCUCUGCCAGGAGGAGUUGGUCUUGUUUCUGCCUAUGAAUCUACUGGCAUGGGAGCAAGCUCUCUGCAGCUCAAGACUAGCCUGGGCAACUUCCCAGGUGUGAUGCCAUGCUUCUGAGCUGGGAGAUGUUUAUGCUUUUGCCCAUGUAUUAGACUUCAGUGCUGAUCCAGGAGCAGGCACAGGGUCAGCAUACGUUUUCAUAUGGAUAACAAUUACCAUACAACACAGAGUGAAGAGAAUACGCUCAACAUACAAUGUAUUGCUUGUAUGAAUUCUUUUAAUAAAAGGGAAAUGCAGGGGGAAAUUCCACAUUUUCCUUGUAUGGAAGAGCCCAGAUACCAACUGCCCUUCUGGAGUCUGCCCAGCUCCCUCCACCAUGCCGUUCCCAAAGAGCCAGAGGACACAGAAGUUCCACACCUUUAUUGCACUUAGGACUGUCCACUGGAACUUCAGGGGCUCUCAGCUGGGACACAGAAGGUCAAUUUGGUGAAUGAGUGUGUCGGCUGGGACUUCAAGGGCGCUCAUAGCCGGUGGGCAAAGGAUUGACAUGGGGAUUGUGGAAAAGUGUGUGGUUGCCAUCCCCCCAGGAGAAGGGCUGUGGAGAGAAAGCAUCAGAUCACCCCAAUCCCUCCCCUGGGCUUCCCGGGCCUGCCCUCCCUCGGCCAUGGCAUACCUUGGUGCGGAUGCGGAGGUGGUGGUAAGGGAUGAACUCUUGGCGCUGGUGGUGGCCAGCAUGCAUCCAGCAGUUGAGGGAGCAGAGGGCCACACUGGGCAGUGCUAGCACGAAGGUCAGGAGGCGCCAGGUGUUGGCUGGGGGAGCAGAGGUGAAGGUGAGAGAGACACUAUCCCUGGGCCUGAGAGAUCAG